AUGCUUUCCCAAAUCAUCACCUUCCUCGCCCUCACAGGCGUCGCAACCGCAGCUCCCAACCCCAGAGCAACAAAGUGCACAUCCUACACGAUUAUCAACACCCGCGGCACAGGCGAAAUCCAAGGCCCCUCCGCUGGCUUCCGCACCAUGAACUCCCAAAUCACAUCCCAACUCCCUGGCGGCAAGAUCUACAACACCGUGUACCCCGCGGGCUACGACCAAAACUCCGCGUCAGGAACACAAGACAUCAUCCGCGAGGUCAAGAGCGUUCUCGCGUCUAACCCUAGUGAAUGCUUCAUUCUGGAGGGGUACUCCCAGGGUGCUGCGGCGACGGUGAAUGCGCUGUCGCAGUUGACUGGUAGUGCUGGGGAUGCUGUGAAGGGAGGUGAUGGAGUUUGUGAUACGACACAUGGCUAUGGGAUCAACGCUCAGCACCUUAUGUAUCCUAAUGAUGCGGCGACUCAGAAGCUUGGAACGACUUUUGUUGUUAAGCAGUUGAGCGGGUAA